CUGAACUUAUUUCUUGCUCAGUUCACUUGCAACGUGGAGAAUGUGAACACAGAGGUCAACUUUUCAUAUCUUGUUUUGAUGAUUUUUAUGAAGUGAUAGAGACACAAUGUUGGGAUUAAAAUCUGAGAGGCCGAUCAAGCUGUGUGUUCUUAUUCUGAUCAUUGAUGCUGCCCUCCUUGUGGUUUCUGAACAAACGGUGAAGGAACAAAGAUCUCAAACUGAAUACAUGUUGAUCUAUCUUCCCAAAAUGGAUCCUCUAGAAUCAUCUCCGAUAUUGGUUGAUGAAAAUCAAACCCAAAGUCAACUCUGUUUGGAUGGCAACAAUUCAACAAGAAGACUAUUUUCUAUGUAUAAUGCCAGUGAAUUUCAGGUUAAUAUCUUCAAAGUGGAAGUUAAUGUUUUGGACACUAUAACUCUGAAAGUAAUCGUGAAUAUUUCUGGAAAUAUAUCUUGUCAUUGGAGUUUUAAGAGCCACAGAAUUCAAUGUAAUGUGAGCAGUUGCACGUUGCACAGUCAAGUUAUGAAUUUCACUAUUUCCCGAGUCAGGGAAAGGCAUGCAGGAAUAUAUACUCUCACAUUUGAAAGCGGAAACUCAAAUUGUACAGUCAACUUUCUAGUUCUUGUUAAAGCAAAACCCAGGAAGCCAAAGUUGGCUAUGAAAAAAAACGCAUUGGAUUGCACAGCAGAAAAUUACCUUGAUGCAGAGCUCAAUUGGAGACGUGAUUGUACAAGUUCUUCAGAUUUGAUCGUUGAUAAACGUUUUGAAUCCACUGGAUCGUUUGGCAUGACAAGAGUUAAAAAAGAGGUUCCAAUUAAACUCUUAAAUCUUGGUAAUGAAUGUUGUUGUUCCAGCAAUAUCCUGGGAUCAGAGUGUUCAAGUCUUUACACACUAGAUCUUAAUAUCAAAUCAGACAUAAAAAUUCCAGUCCUACAUGUUUACCGUAAAGUUGGUGAACAAUUUCUGAUAAGGUGUAUCGCUUCAUACAAAGAUUAUAGAUUCAAUGUAGCCUGGACUAAUGACACAAAGGCAGGACGUACAACAGAGGUCCUGCACACUGAAAGCUCACGUCAAACAUUUGAUGCACGUGUAAAAUAUAAGUACCGGUUUAUUAAUUCAGUAAGUUUAAAAGAUAGUGGAUCGUAUACAUGUACUUCUACACAGCAUUCAAACAAGACAAUCAAGUUAACAGUAUUUGAGAAAGGAUUUAUAAAUUCAUCAACUCUAAACAAAGUCUAUGAUGUUGGUAAAGAUGAAAACUUUUGCUUUGAAGCCAUACUUAAUGCAUAUCCACUUAUAAGGUGCCAGUGGUAUUUUUCAGAAACAAUCUUCCCUUGUGAACCUACAAAUUUAUUUGGGAACAGUUUUUCUGCAUCAUUUUGUGAUCAUGGACAUAAACCUGGAAUCUACGAAUUAUUUGCAGAAAAUGAGGAGACAGAAUUUCAGACAUCUUUUACUUUAUAUGUAAAAACAAAACCAUCUCUGGAGCUUUCAAGGACAAAAAGUCAUCUUUCGUGCAUGUCUGCAAGUUAUCCUUCAGUCAGAAUAAACUGGACAAAAUGCAAUGGAGUGCUUUGUACUGAAGGAGAGUCUGUUACUGAAGGUAUUCGGAUUGAGCUGUCAGAAGGAAAAGAAUUUGGCACCAAAAUUACAACAAGUGUACUGGACUCUGGGACCAUGGUGGGUGGGUUUUUAAUGAAGUGCUGUGCAGAGAAUAUCGUAGGAUCAAUCUGCAAGAAAAUGUUUCUUCAAAAGCAAGAUGUGAAAUAUUUGCAGUCUCUCUUAGUCACCUCAGCUGGAAUCUUUAUUCUGGUUACAAUUGCUUUAGUGGCUUUCAUAUUCUACAAAUACAAGAAGCAACCUGGCUAUGAAAGUCAACUCCAAAUGAUACAGAUGGUUGGAUCUUCUGAGAAUGAAUACCAUUACGUUGAUUUUAGUCAAAUUGCUUAUGAUAUCAAAUGGGAAUUUCCUCGAGAAAAUUUAGAACUGGGGAGUGUACUUGGCUCUGGAGCAUUUGGAAAAGUAGUUGAAGCCACAGCAUAUGGAAUUAGUAAAGUUGAUAUUCGUGUCAAAGUAGCUGUGAAGAUGUUAAAGGAAAAAUAUGAACCUUCUGAAAAAGAAGCCUUGAUGUCUGAAUUGAAAAUGAUGAUUCACAUGGGGAGCCAUGAAAAUAUAGUGAAUCUUUUAGGAGCUUGCACUCACUUGGGUCCAGUUUAUUUAAUCUUUGAAUAUUGUUGCUAUGGAGACCUCCUUAAUUACUUAAAAAAUAACCGGGAGAAAUUCCAUAGGACAUUAACAGAUGUCUUUGCACACAACAACUUCAGCUUCUACCACAAUCUUCACAAUGACCAACAAUUACGAUACAAUGGUAAAAAUUUACUGCAAAAUGAAUCGUACAUGCCAAUGAACAAAAAGACUGGUACAGAUACAUUGUCACGUAUCAGCGACUGUGAUUUAUUGUCCAGCGAGAAUGAGCUAACGUGCCCAAUCAAUAUGGCUGACUAUCAGAAUGCCAGUAAAUAUGAAGAUGAUGAUCUACACGUUGUUACGUUUGAAGAUCUUCUCAGCUUUUCAUACCAAGUUGCCAGAGGAAUGGACUUCCUCACAUCAAGAAGUUGCAUUCACAGGGACCUGGCAGCCAGGAAUGUGUUGGUGACACAUGGGAAAGUUGCAAAGAUAUGUGACUUUGGAUUGGCAAGAGACAUCAUGCAAGAUUCCAACUAUGUCAUGAGAGGCAAUGCACGAUUACCUGUCAAAUGGAUGGCUCCUGAAAGCUUGUUUGAAGGCAGUUACACAAUUCAUAGUGAUGUCUGGUCAUAUGGAAUCUUAUUAUGGGAAAUAUUCUCACUUGGUGUCAACCCAUAUCCUGGAAUCCAAGUAGAUACAAACUUUUACAAGUUAAUUAAGAGUGGAUUUAAGAUGGAUCAACCAUUUUACGCAACAGAAGCAAUCUACAAAGUGAUACUAAACUGCUGGGCUCUUGAUCCAGGAAAAAGACUCGCAUUUUCAGACUUAGUUUGUAUUUUUGAAAAGCGGCUUGCAGAUGCUGAAGUGGCUGUUUACCACAACAAUAUGGAGUCCAAAUGCAAUCUAGACCAUAAAAAAUAGUCAUUAAAUCUCAGAGGAGAGUCUGGAUCCAGUCUGCAACAUCACUGAAUGAAAAUGAUCCAAUGGUUGAAGAAAUCAAAAUGUAAUUUCUCUGUUGUAUCUGACCAAAAUAUCACGUGUAGCUUUCGAACAUUUUAGUUUUACUUUAAACUAAUCAAUGAAUUUCAAAGCUGCUAACAUAUAGAACAGUAUAAUGCUUCCAGCUAUUUGGGUUUUCCUGUGUUGUCGUUAAAUUGUUCUGGAAUUCUGAGCUGUCACAAAUUUAUAUGUUUCUCUUUUGUAUUACAAACCGGCAGAUUUAAUAACUGUGUUGAAAUUAAAUGAUGAAGAUUCACAGAAUUUAUAAUGGAAAACUGGGAGAUUAGAGUCUCUUGAAAUGCUGAGGUGAAGAGGUUUUGAAGAGCAUCAUUCUAGGCAGGAAAGAGACACCAUAAGUUAACAGUGAAAAGGUGGAGAGAAUGAAUAAGGGAAUUCCAGGGUUUAUAGUGUGGAUAUAAAAACAGAGAAUUGAGGUCAGACUUAAUCUGUGGGAAAAGAGACAGUGUUAAUGUUUCAGGUCCAAAAAAUGUGUCAGUCUCUGGGAGUGCCGAUGACUGAAGUCCUGGUGUAAUUGAAGGGCUGAGUAGAAUGGGCUGUGUAGAAGAGGACACACAGUAGGAAUGCAGAGUUACUGAAAUGUUACUCGGCUAGUGGAAGUUAUGGAGAUAGCAAGAGUCAAAGUUAUGAUGGAUUUGUAAAAAUAUGAGCACUAGCAGGGCACAGAGAAUGACUUUUUGUUUCCUUUCCCCAGAUGUUAAAUGAAUUGAAUAAAAUG